AUGUCGAUUGAGCUCAAGCUUUCCCGGAUUAAUCGAGUUUAUCGUCCUUCUGAACUGGUUGAGGGCAAGAUCAUAGUGAAGUCUGCGUCUUCAAUCUCGCACUAUGGAAUUCGCAUCACGAUUGAUGGAUCUGUCAACUUGCAGGUUCGGGGAGGGACGGCCGGAGUUAUAGAGACUUUGGUUGGUGCUGCCAAGCCUAUUUCGAUUCUGAACAAAAUUGUUGAGCUUAGACCUGCUGGAAAGAUUGCUUCAGGCAUAACCGAGAUACCGUUUUCUAUGCAUAUCAGGCAACCAAGAGAAGAUAACCUUGAAAAGUUCUAUGAGACAUUCCAUGGAGGAAAUAUUAACAUUCAGUAUUUAGUGACUGUAGAUAUAUCGAGAGGAUACCUGUAUAAGUCGUUAUCUACAACAAUGGAGUUCAUAGUUGAAAGUGAUAAAGCUGAUGUAAUUGAGCGACCAGUUUCUCCGGAGAUGGUUGUCUUUUACAUUACUCAGGAUACCCAAAGACAUCCGCUACUUCCUCAACUGAAAUCAGUCUAUUGGUUUCAUUGGGCCUGGAGUGUCAUUGUUGUGCUUGAACUAUGCCAAUACACCCACGGCUACAGCGGUACUCCUUACAGCAGCCUUAUGUUUGAGCUAUUUCAGUCAAGCUGGCUUUCUCCUCAAUAUACAAUGCUGGAGUAGAACCAAAUGUUCACACAUAUGGGGCACUGAUUGAUGGUUAUGGCAGAGCUGGGGAAGUGGCAAAGGCAUUUGGUGCUUAUGGGAUAAUGAGGUCUAAGGUACUAUUACAUUGACAAACAUUGAC